UGCUCCUGCUGGUCCAGACGGUCAGCGCUGCCGCCUGGACUACAUUAUUAAUGGCUCCAUAGAAACUCAAGCUGUCCGAGAUGCCGCAUGGCCAGAGAGAAGGAAGAGAGGGACACUAGCACUGUUUUAAGAGUAGGAGCAACCCACGAGCUAAUGUCACCCUGAAGGAGGAGCAGCUCCUAACCACAAGAAACGCCUGAUGGAGGGGGAUUCUGAGGACUUAGACGAGGAUGUCCAGGAAGAGGCUGAACCCGCUGUGCUGUGGGAGAAGUGCAUUCAGCACAGCAUCGUAUUUGAGCUCAGUGAGGACGAAAGUCUUCACCUAAGUGAUCUGGAGAGCUCUUUAGCCUUAAAUCUGUCCCAAGCAGAAUCAGCUGCCUCAGAAGCAAGCAUUCAUCUCAGCGGGAGUGCAGAGCUGUCAGCAUUGGACGACUCCACCUCAGAGAGCAGUGCUGUCAGCAGCGGUAGCGUAGACGCUGUCGAAAACAAAAGUAAAAAUAACACGUUGCUCCUGUCGGCCCAAAGACCUAACACCAUGCACGAUGGGCCGUCCUCCAAGCAGGGGUUAGAGGACCCGGGACAAAACACCAGCGACGAGGAUCAGGAAGAUCUGCCUAACGAUGAGGACCUCGGAAGCCCUUACUUUAACCAAACAUCUAGUUCUUUUGGAAACUCUGACGGAGGAAACACUGUUCACGGAAGUCCAGAUGCUCCUGACCUGCCAGACACCAGAGGUGACGAGUCUUUUGAAGCUAUCAGGCAAACGGAGACGGCUCCCCCAUGCCCUGUUCCUCCAGACAUCACCCAGUUGUUGCUGCGGCACUUCUCUCAGGAGGAGCUGCUCAGGCCGGAGACGCUGAUUGAGGCAGAGACCUUGCCGGAGGUGUCGCUGCUGGAAAGCGUGGAGGACUCUGUUUUUAGCUCGGCUCCACACACGCCGGCAAAAUACAGCAGUGCAACUGAAAGCACUCGGGAAAGCUGCCAAAAUGCAUCCAAGAAUGAAAGCUUUGAAGAAGAAAAUGAAAAGAAAGUUGAUGAUUGCACCUCCGCUGCCAGUGAGAAAAGCAUGUCCCACUCUGCAGGUUUCAGAGGGGACACCGGUGCAGAUGAACCUGAACAAAAAGAGAGAGAAGAGGAGGACCAGAAUCAGAGAGUCCCUCUCAUUCGCACUAGAUCCUUCAAUGAGAUUAAAUACGGCCAGGGACAGGUUCAUUACCCUCUCCCCGAUUUCUCCAAGGUGGCUCCGAAAGUCAAAAUCCCUAAAACUCCAAGUGGACCCGUGAGGCCAGUUCCCCAAAGCCCUAACGCCAUUCACAGAGCCCGGUCUUCUCCGGGCAUGUUAGACGUGAUCAGCAGAGUCCUGGAGGACUCGAUCCCGCCGUCAGAGACGCCCUACGUCUUCAAAGACAGUGACAACCAGACUGCCCCAGCACUGGGGCGUCACCUGAAGACUGAAUAUGACAAAUUAGUGACCAGGUACGCAGAGCCAGAGAACGUGAUGGAUCAAAUGAAACCAGAACCAAACACUCAUUCACCCUCAGAAGUUGCUAAGAAGCAGGUUGAGUUUGGUCAAGAAACUCAUCCCAAAUGUUUGAUUUCUCCCCUUCCACGGUCAGGGAUGUUUCUGUGUCGGGCAACUGAACCAGUGGCAGAAAACUUUGGUGGGAAAGAUGGUGAAUCGACUCCGCAUCCCAUAGUCAAGGAAGCCACUAGAGUUUUAUCAAACCAGAAUGAAGAUAUUCUCAGCGAUGGUGAGAGAAUGACCGCUGAGCUGAGAGAGAUCAUCGGCCAGUUCUUGCAGAAGGUCGAAGAAUUCAAAUGUAGUGUUACCAGUAUGUCUGUAAGCACAGCUGAGCAACAAAUGAUGCUGAGGAGCAUGAUGGAGGCUCAGGAUGAGCUCGAAAGGAAAUACAUCCGUAAGAAGGAAGAGCACAGAGCUCUGGAGAUGCAGAACUAUAUAGGCCUAUCUAGGAACACCGGCACCUUUGACCCAGACAGACUGGUAGAAGGAGACAUUUUCAGGAUAGGGAUGCACCUAGAGGACAUAAAGGAGGUCAUUGACAGAAACGCAUAUGAGCAGAUUUCUCCACCCCACUCGUCCUCCACCCCCACGUCCAUCACAACCUCGCUGCGCGCGGUCCCCGGUUCACUUCCCUUUCACACAAGUCCACCUCCACCUGCAUCUUCCCUGCAUGAGAACAUCUAG